GCCUGACUCGUAAAAGCCUCUCGAGUCAGAAACAUCAGAAGCUCGAAUCCUCCGACUCUUUUUCAGUCUUGCCUGUUCGCUCUUCUUCGAUCGAAGCCCUAGAAAAUUGAAAAAAAAAAACCCUACAGAGAGAGAUUCAAUAGACAAUGGAGGACGCCGAUGGUCUCAGCUUCGAUUUCGAAGGCGGUCUCGAUUCCGGACCUAUCCAGCCCACGGCUUCAGUCCCGGUUGCUCCGCCUGAAAACCCUUCCUCCGCCGCCAUCAACGUAGCACCGAGCUAUGAUCAUUCUACCGCGACGGUGCCUGGAGCUGGGAGGGGGAGAAGUUUCCGUCAGACUGUUUGCAGGCACUGGCUUCGAGGUCUGUGUAUGAAAGGCGACGCCUGUGGGUUUCUCCAUCAGUUCGAUAAAGCCCGUAUGCCAAUCUGCCGGUUUUUCCGGCUAUACGGUGAAUGUCGAGAGCAGGACUGUGUCUACAAGCAUACCAAUGAAGAUAUCAAAGAAUGCAACAUGUACAAGCUUGGAUUUUGUCCCAAUGGUCCAGAUUGUCGGUACAGGCAUGCGAAGCUACCUGGACCUCCACCUCCAGUAGAGGAAGUUCUUCAGAAGAUACAGCAGUUGACUUCAUACAAUUUUGGGCCAAAUAGGUUCUAUCAACCGCGAAACGUUGCUCCGCAGCUACCGGAUAAGCCUCAGGUGCAAGGUCAGGCACAAGGCCAGCCACAAGAAUCAGGUAACUUGCAGCAGCAGCAACAACAACAACAACAACAACAGCCUCAGCAAUCUCAACACCAGGUCAGCCAGAGUCAGAUACAAAACCCUGCUGAUCAAACAAACAGAACCUCUCAUCCUUUGCCUCAAGGGGUAAAUAGGUAUUUCGUAGUUAAAAGUUGCAAUCGAGAAAAUUUUGAAUUAUCUGUGCAACAAGGAGUCUGGGCUACACAAAGAAGCAAUGAAGCUAAACUUAAUGAAGCUUUUGACUCUGUGGAAAAUGUCAUUUUGAUAUUCUCUGUCAACAGGACACGGCAUUUCCAGGGCUGUGCUAAGAUGACAUCAAGAAUUGGUGGUUACAUUGGUGGAGGAAACUGGAAACAUGAACAUGGAACUGCACAGUAUGGCCGGAACUUUUCAGUUAAAUGGUUAAAGGCCAGUGUUUACACCACCGGUCUCAGCACAUACCUUCCUACUUUAUUUUUAUUUUUCUCGUCUCUCUGUUCUGGUAUUGGUUCUGCUGAGCUGUGCGAACUAUCCUUCCACAAAACUCGGAAUUUGAGGAACCCUUAUAAUGAAAACUUACCUGUCAAGAUAAGCAGAGAUUGUCAGGAGUUAGAGCCAUCUAUUGGUGAGGAGCUAGCUUCCUUGCUUUAUCUUGAACCAGAUAGCGAGCUUAUGGCAAUCUCCAUAGCUGCAGAAGCCAAGCGAGAAGAAGAAAAAGCAAAGGGUGUGAAUCCAGAGGGCAGAGCUGAGAACCCAGACAUCGUCCCAUUUGAGGACAACGAAGAAGAGGAAGAGGAAGAAGAUGAAAGCGAGGAGGAAGAAGACAGCAUGGCGGGUGGUCCACAAGGAAGAGGAAGAGGAAGAGGAAUGAUGUGGCCUCCUCAAAUACCUUUUGGACGCGGAAUGAGACCAAUGCCCGGAAUGGGAUUCCCUCUCGGUGUAAUGGGCCCUGGCGAUGCGUUUCCCUAUGGACCCGGAGGAUAUAACGGUAUGCCAGAUCCAUUUGGUAUGGGUCCAAGACCCUUUGGACCUUAUGGACCGAGGUUUGGUGGUGAUUUCAGAGGACCUGUACCAGGGAUGAUGUUUCCUGGUAGGCCUCCACAACAGUUUCCACAUGAUGGAUAUGGGAUGAUGGGAGUCCCGGGACGUGGCCCGCAUAUGGGAGGAAUGGGAAACGCUCCUCGAGGAGGCAGGCCGAUGUAUUAUCCGCCGGCAACAACAACAUCAUCAGCACGUCCUGGCCCCACAAACCGGAGAACGCCUGAGAGAAGCGAUGACAGAGGGGUGACGGUCGAUCAACAGACAUCUCAUGAGAUGGAGCAGUUUGAUGCUGGAAACAGUGUGAGAAACGAAGAGAGUGAAAGUGAAGACGAAGACGAAGCUCCAAGAAGAUCGAGGCAUGGAGAAGGAAAGAAGCGUCGGAUGGAGUUUGGAGCAGAGGCAUACGAAUGA